CUUAGUUUUAUUAUCAAGCAUGAGUUAAAAACUGCUUAUAAAAUUUUUUGUAACUUAUGUUAUCGGCUUUCAACAUUUAAAAAUAUAAUUUUUUAAAUGUUUUACAAAUUUGGGUUGUUUUUUACCAUUACUAUUAUCAAUAUUACAACGUUUAUAGAAGGAAGAUUAAAACGAAAUCCAAUGGUGUGUUCAGAAGAUUGGGGAUACAAUGAUUUUCAUGCUGUGCCUCCAUCUUUAUGGGGAACAAUUUAUCCUACAUGUAAUGGAAAAAAUCAAUCUCCAAUUGAUAUAAAGCUUUUCAAAGCUUUACGUGCAGACGUUGUGAAUAAAAUUAGUCACAAUUACUGGAAUUACCCGAAACUACACCAAGAGUAUUCUUUUUCAAAUAAUGGAAAAGCUUUAGUAAUUAAUUUUCCUGGUGAUCAUUUAUAUCGUUUAUUAAAAGGCAAUCAGUGGUUUAUUCCUGUUAAAGCACUUUUUCAUUUUGGAUCUUUUAAAAACAAUGGUUCUGAGCAUUCUAUUGACAAAAAAUUUUUCCAAGCUGAGGUUCAAUUGGUUCACCAAAGUAACAGCACUAAUCGCUUUUUAAUUAUUGCAGUACUAGCGGAAUUUGAUGAUAAAAAGUCAUCAUUUCUAACAGAAUUAUUUGCAAGAAAUGCAGAUGCUGUCAGCAAUCCGAGAAAGACUAACCAUAUCUGGAUAGAAGCUUUUCCAUUAAGUUAUUUUCUACCGAUAGACUCACAGGCUCAAUACAUUAACUACAAAGGUUCACUCACAACACCUCCUUGUCAUAAUGUUGAUUGGAUUGUUUAUAUAAAACCUGCGUUAAAAAUAACCAAAGAAGCGUUAAAUAAACUUGAAAAAGCUCAAAACUGUUGGAACCAACCGCUAGCUGAGAAUAUUAGACCUCUUCAACCAGAAAAUAAAAGAAAGUUUUAUCUCGUUUAAUGUUAUCUGGCUUUUAUAAGUCGAAAAUUUUCUAAAAUAUAUUUGUUUUAUUACUUGAAUUAUUUUUCUUGGUGUAUUUAGAAUUUGAAUAUGGUAUAAAAGUAUAAA